AUGGUUGAUCGGCUGUUUUUUGCGACCCUCCGCACCAACACCAAGCCGAGGUCGACGGCCAACACCCACUACUUCAGCGUCGACGAGGAGCUCGUCUACGAGUCUUUCUAUGCCGAUUUCGGGCCCCUCAACCUGGCCAUGCUGUUUCGGUACUGCCUGAAACUCAACAAAAAACUGCAGGAACUUGUUUGUGGAAUUUGUUACUCGUUUGGGAAUCUCAUGCCCCCCGGGGAGACUCUUCAUAGCCCCAGGCUUAAUGAGUGUCGCGAUGCUUUGUUUCCACCAACACUGCUGUUUGAGGGGGUUGUCGACGCGGAGAAAUAUUUCCACCCCGUCUCGAAUGCCCUCGGCAAUCUUCCGGCUACGCGGGUCAGGGCCAUGCAUCGAGGCUGGAAGGCGGCGAUGGUCGGCUGGGAGACCAUAGUGCCAAUUUUUCCGGUUCGUUGGCUUUCCGAUUGUGAUCCGGCCGAAUCUCAGGCGGAUCGCCUGCAGCGAAGGAAGGAAGAAGGAACCCUUUCGCUUCCUUCUCUGGUCGCAGAGACGCGCAUAAUUGAUGACGUCGCGUGCGAAGGAGGAUUGCAUCGAUUGAGGUGCUCGUUUGUAGAUGCUGUGGAACGUGUGGACGGAGGCGGGAUGCGAACGGGAGCGCCCCGUACAUCACGGCUUGGGGAUCGGCGCGGGGUCGGUGGAGCCACGGCCCCGAAUUGCUCGACGUGUCGGGACAACCCGCGCCGGAAGUGCAAGGAUUGCGGGUGCAACAUCUGCGGCGGGAAGGACCGGCCGGAGAGCCAGCUCAUGUGCGACGAA